AAUAUAUUAGACUAAAUAUCCUAUUAAGUGUCUUAUUGGUGGUUCUAUAUUUGCCUUUGUCGCCCUAACUCUCUUCCUUCUUGACGUUUAUACUCAAUUACUAAUCAUCUCAUGGAACAGAAUCCUUCUUGACAAGUAAAUAUUACGCUCCGCUAAUCAAAAAUUGCCAGCAUCGUAUGAAACCCGGAGGUUUAUAUCUGUGUUCACACGAGCCCACUUUUAUUGUUAAAGACGAAACAAUUUUGAGGAUGGCCUCUUUGCUCAAUAUACAGCAUGAACUUGAGGAGUCCAAAGAAGAGCCUCGAAAACUACCAGAUGACACAAUGAAGGUGAUCCAAGUUUGGGUAGUAUGCGCCCCAUCCAAGUAAAAGCCAAAAAUCUGUGUUUAAGGGAAUGGUCAGACCCAUGAUCCACUCUCUGUCGACAGUUGAGCUCGUAAAGCGGGAUAACUAUCUUUUACACUCCACGGUUGUAGUGCCGUUCGAAAGUUCACUGGCACGAAUUACCAGCACUGGUUUGCCUGUGCUUAAUGUCAUGAUUGUAUAAAUGUGGGGUUGGUUUUAGUUUUUUGAUGGGGAGAAAUCGCAGUGUCGUUUUAGACUUAUAUAUUAUGAUUUGAUAUUAAUCACCCGUUUGUUUAAGUAACACUGAAUCCUUUGAAGUCUGUAAAUUUUAUAAAUUAAUUAUUUGAGAAUGCAUUAAACCACUCGUUUAUAUAAAACUAACCUAGCAAAGGAGGGGUUAUGUUGUGACGAAUGAUGUGGAGAAUGCGUGGUAGAACACAAGUAACUGUGAUUGCAUUGACUAUUGCAACUUUAAUCUUAAUUUUAUAUAGAAUGUCAGCAAAUGAUGUUACAACACCCAGUAUUAUGAAGGAAAUUAAUGUUCAUUUGACUAAAAUGGAAAAUAUUAAUGAAUUUUCAACAGUCACACAAAAAACAGAAGAAAAGUCAAGGCAGCAAGAAUAUGAAGCUCGCAUAAUGGCUGAUGUUCGAGGAAAAGGGGCAUCUGAAGACGAUAGACUGGGCAGGAGACUUAUGUUCCCAAAUGACCACAAUAUUCAUUCUGGUGAAAAUCGUGCAAAUGACGUAAAAGAAGAUUUAGGUGGUUCAUGGAGCAGUGGUGUACACCCAUUCAGAGGUAACCGAGUAGUCCACUUAGAUCUUAAAGGAGCACCACCAAGAGUUUCGUACUAUGAGGACUUCUUUCCCUUGAUACGUUCCUUGGGUGCAACAGGUAUUCUUAUGGAAUAUGAAGACAUGUUUCCAUUCAGUGGGCCACAUCUGCAAGAUUUACCUGCGUAUAAUGCCUAUUCCGAAUCGGACAUUCAGCGUAUUUUACAGCUAGCCACAAACAAUGGCUUAGAAAUAAUCCCACUGAUUCAGACUUUUGGCCAUCUGGAAUUUCUGUUGAAACUACAGAAAUUUUCUGAACUCCGUGAGGUGCAGAAGUACCCUCAGGUGAUAUGCCCAACUCACAAUUCCACAUUUGACUUACUGUCAACUAUGAUUGACCAAGUAGUGGCAUUGCAUCCUGACAUUAAAUAUCUUCAUAUUGGUUGUGAUGAGGUUUAUUAUCUUGGAGAGUGUGUGCGUUGUGGAUUGACUAUGGUGGACCAUCAGUGGAGCAAGAAGCAGCUGUUUUUACAUCAUGUCAGUCGACUUGCUAAAUAUGUGCGGGAUAAGCAUCCAGGCGUGACACCACUAACAUGGGAUGACGAAUUCCGAGAACUGACGGCACCAGAAUUAGAGGAGUGGGGCAUUGCCAAAUUACUAGAACCUGUGAUAUGGAAGUAUACACCUGAUGUUGCCAGCUACAUUGCACCUGAGGUGUGGGACAAAUAUGCAGAGGUAUUUCCAGCUGUAUGGAUUGCAAGUGCUUUCAAAGGGGCUACAGGAUCAGAUAAAUAUAUUACUGACAUCAGCUAUCAUCUGGAAAAUCAUCAGUCAUGGAUGGACAUAAUUUCUUCAUAUUCUGGUCAGCUAAAAUUCAAAGGCAUUUUUAUUACUGGGUGGCAAAGAUAUGACCAUUUUUCAGUGCUGUGUGAGUUGCUACCUGUUGGAAUCCCAUCUCUAGCAGCUAGCCUCGCUUUCAUCCAUUCUAAUAACAGAGGGACAGCAUUAAUACCACAACAAGUACUAGAUAUAUUGAAGUGCGAUGGUACAAUACCAAUGAGCCCAGGUGCAGGACGAACCAGAUGUAAUUUUCCUGGUGCUGCGGUUUUAGACGCAGUAGAACGUCUGUAUACCCUGCACCUCAGUGUGGACCGGAUGUUGGCUGAUUCAACAGUGAAGGGCUGGAUGACUUCCUACAAUGUAGAUCAUGGUUUUUCAAGUCCUUCUCAUGUGGAACAUGCGACAGCAGAGCUAGACCGAUGCAAAAUGGAAUUGGUCUACAUAGAACGGGACAUACGGUCAGCAAUGUCUGAUGUGUAUGAUCGGUACACAGUUGCUGAAUGGGUAUCUACAUUCCUUCGGCCAUUGGAUACACGGCUGCAGUCACUGUGGGAUGCAAGGGAAAAGCUUCUUUCACGUACACACUGGCCCAAACGCCCUCUUGACAUUUUAAAAUCAUCUGUCACCCAUAACUUAUAAUAAAGAAUACAGUCUUAGAUAAUUGUAUUCUUCAUGAUCAUCUGAGAUGACACCAGUGAGUGAGCAUCGAGAAACCACUAUUAUGGUUGUGGUAAUCUUUACUUUCAACACAAUAGGCCAGCAUUCAGAAAGGAUUUUACACAGAAGAAAAUUCUUCAGUUUUAAUGAUCUGUAAUAUGGCUGUUAACAUUUUGUGUGUGUGAUAUGGGUGAAUGAUGUGGGAAAGGAAGUGUGUUUUCCUCUAACAUUAUCAGCUGUAGAACCAUUUAUGAACAGCUGUAGUUUUUCAUAGGAAAAGUGAAAAAGAAAAGGGCUAGUAACAAAUUAACUUUAUAAUUGCUUUUCCCAAAACUUUAUGUUCAGGGGAAAACAGGUGAUUUUUUUUUAAGUUUCUUAUGACAUAGAAUCUGACCAUUACCUGCUUUGUCAUAAACAAGCUAGUAAGUAAUACAUCAUUUUGUUCAAUACUCACUUUCACUGCUUUUAGCUUAAAUCUGCGAACAAAAGAUUUUAGAUGUUUUUACAUAUGUUUCCUGGGAAUGCAACAUUUACGUAAAUCAUGUUAUACCUGUUUGUUGUUAAAUAAGUUAUUGGUAGUUUAAAAGAUCUAUACCAGAAAAUGCUUACAUAAAAGAGAUAAGUAAGACAUAUUUUAGGUUGAUGGUCUUUGGACAUAGUGAUAUGUGCAGAUAGCUGUGUAAUGUUUUAUAUUUAUCUGUUGUGUAAUUCUUAUUUUAAAUUUUGUGUGGUUAUAAUUUAAAAUAAACGACCGACAUAAAAUGGAAAUGUUUUAGGAAGAAGAAAAUUUAAAAGAAAUGUACACUCAGUUGUUCACAACAGUUUGAAAGGGUACAUGGGAAAUAAAGUGGUUUAUUUCCUUUCAGGAAAUGCAGUGUCUGGUUUUCAUGUGAAUAUUUAACUGUACAUAUAAGUGGGUAGCUUACAUUAGUUUUAACAGCAUGGUUUCUUAACAGAACUUAGAGGUUAAUGCCAAAAAAUCCCUUUACAAAAAAGUAUGGUAGCCAAAAAGUGUUGUUUUGUUUUCAACUUAUCAGUAGAAUUGAAUAUAGACUGUAGUGAGGUAUAGAUCGAAAAUAGUUUUUUCUGUGGAUUUAAAUUUAUAUUAAUACAUUUAUUGUAAAAGAGUGGUAAUUGUUUAAACAAUCCCAAAUAUACAUAAUUUUAAUAACAUAUACUAUAAUGCUUAAUUUGUACUGCAGGCAUGUUAUGUGACUCAAAUGCAAACAUUUGAAUUAGAAAUACUAUUAUUCAUUAUCAAACUGUUUCUAUAAAAUCUCAAGAGUUCAAAAUAAUAGUUAUAUGUUAUAUAACAUGUAUUAACACAACAAAAUUGUGUUAUUUUCAUACUUUUACCACUUAACAGUACAGUAAUAGAAUAGCAUGGGGAAAGUUGUAGCAUUACUCUCUCUUGCAUCCUCCAACUAUAUGGUAAAAGUAUGUGAAUGACGUCUACACAAAACAGGCUGUAAUAUACAUAAGAGUAAAAGAGUUGGAGAGAAACGAAAGUUUAGUUUGCAAGUACAUGUUUGUAUAACAUAUGCCUCUAUAAAUCUUGCCUUUAGUAAAUUCCAGAAGUGGAAAUUUAAGAUAAAACAAGCAUGGAUUUCUUUUUUAACUAAAAGAGUGCUGAUACUCAGAUGCGACAGAGGAGUGGUGAUAAAAGUAUUUUGCUCUGCCUCUCCCUCCUUUAAAACACCAGUAUAGUCACAGCUUUUAUGUUAAUGUUUUAUGGAAAAUGGGCACUGGUAUGGUGUACCAUUGUAUACUGCCAGAAAAAAGUCUGGACAUGGAUAAUUUUCAACCCAGUUAAUUUGCAUACUGAUAAUCAAGAGUGUACUACAGUAUAAAAAUAACAAAAUAUAUUUCAAGUCAAUGUACAUAUUUUCAUAAAAAUUAAUGAAAUAUAAGUGCAUAUGCAUAUUAUAUUUUAUGUAUUAGAAAAUGUAGAAGCAAUAUUUUAUUUAGACAGCUGCAGAAGCAGUGAGUUGAGAAACCAAAGAUGCAAUGCAUAAUAAGACACCUAGUUUCUUCUUCAAGCAUAUGAACUAGUACACUUGGAAUUGGUCAUGUAAUCACACAAUAGUGUAAUGUUAUAUAGUAGUUAAUUAUUUUCGUGCAUGACUAUGAAAGAGAAGGAAAAGAAAAAUGGGAUGCUCAGAUCCUGAGGGACGGAGUAGUAGUGCAUUGAAGUGAAAUUUUACAAAAAGGAAUAGUAAUAAUUCACUAAUGUAUCUUAUGCAAAGUUCAUGAAACUGAUAUUCAUAAGCAAAUGAUUCCAAAACUGUGUUCUGUGAAUAUCCACAGUCCUGCAGGCAGGUUCUUCAAAUUCUUUAUGAUUACUGACCUCUCUUUGCAUAAACUUACAAAUGAAAACAUUUUUAGUCAGAAGUAAUGUAUAGCAUGAUACUACCAGAGCUACUUUGGAAAUACAUAUGCCUACUAUACCUAUAAUGAGAGUUUGAUUGAUUUUAAGUUAUUUAAUGACUGUUUCAACUGAAAAGUUUAUAUAGUAUCAUGUCAAAUAUAUGAAAUAGUACUAGUGUUUGUGUUGAAUUUCCUUUUUCUUUUCUUUUGUAAAUGGCACUUCAGUGAUAUGUUCCAUUACAUAUUUUAAAAUAAAACAAUAUAUUUAAUAUCUGAAGGUCAUAAGAAAGGUUGUGGACCAUGCAUAUGUUUAGCAAGUACUCACAAAGGCUACUGGUUAGUGCUUUUUAAGUGGAGUUAUCGAAUAUAGUGAGAAAUUUCAUGAGAUAUGAACAUCAUUUAUCAGCAUCUCAAAACCAUAAUAUACUUGUGAGAAAUUGAUGGAUGAUGCAACAAAGGUGUUUUACAGAAUGUAACAUGUAAAUAUUGUGAUUGGUGCAUGUACACAGUUUUUGUUGAUUUUAAUAGAUGGAAUUCACAUAAUGGCUCAUAAUAUGAAAGGGGAUUCUACAGGUUGUGAGCAUGGGGCACUGGUAAUUGUCUACGUACACCAGCCCAGUUGUGUAGCAUUAUUUGGAGAAUUUGCAACAAGAGCGUGCAUGUCCCUUUCACCCCACUUUACACUUCUUUGAUUUCCGUUAUUUGCUUGCCAAACAAAAACUUCCCCAGUUCUUGUCCUUUUUGUACCUGUGACUUUAAUUCUAAUUUAGAGUGUCAGCAUUUUCUGAGGCUGAAAGAGUUUUGAUGUAAUAAAAAUCCCUGUGUCAUGUUGGAUCCACUAUUCCCAUUCCAACUGGAACAACUGCACACCUCUAACAUAAAUACAUUCAAGUUUUACAUUUGUAAUACCUCAGUUACCCAACUUGAUAUGUGUGUACAUGUGAAAUUGAAAGUUUUAUAAUUCACAACUCUCUAAAGAUGAUUCUUUAAAUGAUAGAAAUCAACAUAAUCUGUGCAUCUCACUCUUUUAGAGUAGGAAGUGCACAGUAGCCUUGGAAAUUACAAAAUGAUUGUGCAUUAUUGAAACUGUCAGAUCUAUUUAGGAAGAAAUCUUUGAAUAUAGGAAAUUAUCCAGUUCUGUUCUCAGUCAGUAGUUAUAAAUAUCUGGUGUUUGAAGAAUACAAAUACCCUGAAUGAAUAAGAUUGUUGGAUUAU